CCCGGCACGAGCCGCCGAGCCCCGAACGGCGGCGUUGAGCGGAGCUGUCAGCCCCGGAGCGCUGUGGUGGUGCCUGCUGUCCGGGCGCUAUGCAUUCGGCCCCUGCCUGCCUGCAUGCACUGCUCGCCGCCGCGCUCAUCGCCGCCAGCAGCUCAGACUUGACUCCCCGCUUUACUUCCGAGCCCGUCUCUGCUGUCCAGAAGCCCGGUGGCCCCGUGGUGCUGCGCUGCUCCGCUGAGCCCCCGACAGCUGGCAUCUCCUGGCUGCUGGAUGGAGAGCCGCUGGGCAGCAGGCUGCCAGGGGUGCAAAUCCAGCACGGGUCUCUGAGCAUCGCCUCCCUGAGCACGGCGACGGCUGGCCGCUAUCAGUGCGUGGCCAGCAGCAGCGCGGGCGCAGUUCUGAGCAGGGCUGCGGUGGUGUCCAUGGGCAGUUUGGCUCACUUCGCCCCAUCGCCGACACCCGUCAUUGUGGCAGAGGAAGGAGGAACGGCGCUCAUCAGUUGCGCAGUGCCGCAGAGCAACCCCAGAGCUCAGAUCCGCUUCCGAGCGCGAGGGAAGUGGCUGCAGCCCGCAGAUAAGUACCUAAUUCUCCCGUCGGGAAACCUGCAGAUCCUCAAUGUGUCCAUGGAGGACAGGGGGUCCUACAGGUGUGCUGCUUACAACCCCGUCACUCACGACCUCAGAAUAGAACCCACCGGGAGGAAGCUCGUCGUCACACGUUCCUCCGCCGCACAGCCCCGCAUUCUGCACCCCCGGCAGCCGCAGGCGCUGGCCGUGCCGCAGCGCAGCCCGCUGACCCUGGAGUGCGUGGCUGCAGGGCUGCCUGCAGCUGCCGUGCGAUGGCAGAGGGACGGCCGGGACGCGCUGCGCGGGGGCAGGUGGGCCCUGCAGCACUCCCACCUGGUGACGGAGGGGCUGCAGCCCGAGGACUCCGGGAACUACUCGUGCGUGGUGGGGAACGGGCUGGGGGAGGUGACGUACGUCAACUACUCGCUCACCGUGCUCGAACCUGUCUCGAUUUCCAAAGGACUGCAAGAUGAGACUGUGGCCGUCGGCACAACGGUGUCUUUGCGGUGUGCUGCCCACGGGAGCCCCGCUCCAGCCCUCACCUGGCUGCACAAUGCUGCACCCCUCCGUGCUUCCCCGCGGCAUUUCCUGCAGGGGAGCAGCCUGCAGAUCCGUGGUGUCACCGUGCAGGACUCCGGUGUGUACCAGUGCGUCGCAGAUAACGGCGUUGGCUUUGCGCAGUCGGCCGGGAGGCUUCACGUGCAGGCAGGAGUCGGCCCGAAAGCAGAAGAAAUGGCUCUCACAGAGACUGCCCAGAGUGAUGAAAGCCGCAGAGAUUCCGAUGUGGAAGCGGCGUUUCCCAGCUCAGCUCCACCAAAGCUGCCUUUGGACACGGCUGCAACAGACAAACCGUGGGGCAGCAUCUCCCCCCCCGAGGCGCCCAUCAUCCUCAGCCCCCCGCAGACGCUCAGCCCAGAUGUCUACACCUUGCUGUGGCGGUCGGGGCGGGACGGCGGCCUGCCCAUCAAUGCCUACUUUGUGAAGUACCGCAAGCUGGAUGACGCUGUGAGCACAGCUGGCGGGUGGCACACCGUGCGCGUCCCGGGCAGCGAGAAUGAGCUGCGGCUCAGCGAGUUGGAGCCCUCCAGCCUCUACGAAGUGCUGAUGGUGGCCAGGAGCGCUGCCGGCGAAGGCCAGCCUGCCAUGCUGACAUUCCGCACCAGCAAAGAAAGAACGUCAUCCUCAAAAAACACGCAGGCUCCGUCCCCGCCGGCGGGCGUCCCAAAGCACCCCGUUGUCCACGAAGGGACCAACAGUUUUGGAGUGGUGCUCCCCGACGCAUCUCGGCACAGCGGAGUUCCAGAGGCUCCCGACCGCCCCACCAUCUCCACCGCGUCCGAAUCCUCCGUCUACGUCACCUGGAUCCCCAGAGCAAACGGGGGCUCUCCCAUCACAGCCUUCAAGGUGGAGUACAGGCGGGUGGGCCGAAGCGGCGACUGGCUGAUUGCAGCCGACAGCAUCUCUCCUUCCAAGCUGUCCGUGGAGGUCCGCAGUUUGGAGCCAGGAGAGAUGUAUAAGUUCCGUGUGAUCGCUGUGAACAACUACGGGGAGAGCCCCCGCAGCGCCGCGUCCCGCCCCUACCAGGUCGCAGGCUUCACCCACCGCUUCUCCAGCCGCCCCAUCGCCGGGCCCCACAUUGCUUACACUGAAGCCAUCAGUGACACCCAGAUCAUGUUGAAGUGGACGUACAUCACAUCGAGCAACAACAACACCCCCAUCCAAGGGUUUUACAUCUAUUACCGGCCCACGGACAGCGACAACGACAGCGACUACAAGAGGGAUGUUGUGGAAGGCACAAAGCAGUGGCACCUGAUAAACCACCUGCAGCCAGAAACCUCAUACGACAUAAAAAUGCAGUGCUACAACGAAGGUGGUGAAAGCGAGUACAGCAACGUGAUGAUCUGCGAGACGAAGGUGAAGCGCAUGCCAGGAGUGUCUGAAUACCCAGCGAAGGAGCUGAGCACCCCACCCAGCCCCCCCGAGCGGGCGGGGGGCAGCGGGGGUCCAUCCUCCGGCCCGGUGCGGAGCAGUGAUAUGCUGUACCUGAUCGUGGGCUGCGUGCUGGGCGUGAUGGUCCUCAUCCUGAUCGUUUUCAUCGCCAUGUGUCUGUGGAAGAACCGCCAGCAGAACGCCAUGCAGAAGUACGACCCUCCUGGCUAUCUGUACCAAGGGGCGGAGAUCAGCGGGCAGGUGAUCAAAUACACAACGCUGCCCGGCACGAGCCGCGUCAACGGCAGCGUCCACAGCAGCUUCAUCGGCAGCAGCGCUGGCAGCGGCUGCCCGCACCACCACAAGGCGGGCGGGGGGCUGGACGUGGCCGUGAGCCGAGCGGUCGGGCUGCACGGCGGCUCCCUGCCCGGCGCACACCUGGACUGCGAGCGCGCCCACCGCCUGCUGAACGGCGGGGGGCUGCACGCAGCGCUGCCCCAGGCGGAACCAGAGUGCAUCAGCUGCAGGAACUGCCGCAACAACAACAGGUGUUUCACCAAGGCCAACGGCACUUUCAGCAGCAGCGCGCUGCCCCUCGUGCCCAUCGUCGCUCCGUACCAGCAGGACAUGGAGAUGAAGCCCCUGAGCCACAUCAUGGUCGCCAUGUGUUUGGCCUCCAGCAUCCCCGAGCACGGCGGGCGGGUGGAGGAGGACGGCGUGGAGGCAGCCGAGCAGCCGCCCAGCCCUCAGCCCUGCUGCAGGGGUGGCGCCAGGCCGCUCUGCCUGGAGUACGCGGACGGUGACAGCUGUGCGCUCUCAGAAACACCAAACCACGUUCUGAGCUGGAGCCCGCUGGUUCUGCAGCCUGUGCCCAAGGACUGCAGGGACAAACCGGGCUGGACUGCAACACUGCGUGGUUCUGGGCAGCCCCCGCUGCAGGAGAGCUGAGGGGAGUGCUGGAGGGACUGAUGGAGGGGCCUUAAUUAUAACAGAGAGAGUCACUAUUUAUUUUUUGUAGUAGUGUCAUAUGAAUGUAUCUUGUUUCUAAAUGGUUGCCUUUUUAUAUUAUUUAUGCCUUGAGAUUCCUUUUUUUCCCACGCACCGUGAAACUAGCCUGGUUCUGUGUAUAUAAACAAAAAAAGAUUGGUAAUAAUAUAAAGAACAACGAUAGGAAACUGCAGUGUGUGUUCGUGGAGCCGGCAGAGGAGCGCUGCUGAGAGGCUGAUGGCGCUUUGGGCGCGGGGCUGCGCUGGGUUGGGCUGCGCGCAGACCGUGCUGGGAGUGGGCAGAAGGGGAUCAGCGCUGCUCGGUGGUGCUGUGCUGUGCCCUGCCGUGCCGUGCCGUGCCGUGCCGUGCAGCAGGUGGAGGUACUGCAGCCUUGGUUGUUUGGUGGUUGUUUUUUUUUCCUUCCACAUUUAAUCGGAGUGAAUGCAAUGAAGCUGUGCUCGCAAAGCACUCUUUCCAAAAAGCAGCGCGUAGCCCCGGCUGCUGGAUGCCUUCAUCGCCAUUGCAGCUGCCCACGGCUCCACGUGCAGCCUGGGCUGAGCAGGAAGGGGCUGGGGGGGGGUGGAGCGCUGCAGGUGCAGCUCAGAGCCCUGCCCGACCCCAAGCUCCGUUCCCCACUGAAUGUGUGCUCUGUGCACAGCAUGGAGGUACAAAAUAAUGUGUUCUGUGCUUUAUAAAUAGAGCCCGUGGUGAGAACGCGUUAGCUCGGAGCUGGGCUGCCAAGCAGGUAGGAUUCUGGUUAUGCUUUAUGCCCGAAGCCUGGCAGUGAUGCUGUGUACGUGGUUUCUCCCCUCUGCACACUUUAGUUCUCAUGUCUGCGAGACUGAGUGCGUGCCAGAGGGAGGCAAAGUGCCAACAAGCACCACAUGAGGGCAGUACCCUACCCUGGAUUUGCUGCUUUGCUUUCUUGAUGCCAACGCGGGAUGCUGGUGUGAGCUCGGCCCGUGGAGCGGCUCUGGUGUCAGAUGGAGCUGGGCCGUGGGCAGCGAUGGGUGCGGGAGGCUGCGAUCUGCUCUGUUAGCAGCACCUCUCUGCAGACUGCUUUAUUUAUAGUCAGUGACACUGUUUUAAGUGUUUGUCUUCCAUUUAUUGUAUUUUAUUUUAAAGUGUGUCUGAGCUCUGCUUUCACCGUAGGGUUUCGGUGCACGCUCCCACCUCCACGUGCCCAACUCCAAACCUCCCGCCGGUCCCACGGGAGCACUCUGCCUUCAGGCUGCGUGCACGGCCCCGCUCCUCCCUCUGCUCUGCUUUGUCCACCCAAACGCCAUCCUUCCCGUGGCUUUGGCAGCGCUCCUCUCCUUCCCAGAACCAGCAGCGAGCUCUGCUGGGCUCCCGGCGCCUUGCAGCUCCCUGCUUUUCACAAGCACCGAGUUCAACAACCCUGUGUGCAUCAGCCCCUUUUCUCCUCAUCUUUGGGCCUUUAGAGAAAAAACAAAUGGACAAACCUCUCUGUGUUCCUCCGUGUACCUCUGAACGCAUCGCUGCUGCAGUGCUGCGCAGCGCUGAGCUCCAGAUGUGUGCUUGUUGGCAGAUGGGUAAAUACACUCUAUUUUCCGAAGAAGAUGUAAUGUUUCUUUGGAAAUUGCACAUGUGUUGGAAUGAUGUAGUUGUUGCGUGUUGGUUUUUUUGUUUUGUUUGGUGGUUUGAUUAAUAUUAAAGUGAAUGCUGCUGCUCGAUGGGA